AUGGCUGAAACAUCCGCAAGCAGCUCGGUCCCCCGGCCCAUCCUCAGCAUUGUCACAGUAUCACCUGCGUCCACCCAGACUGCUCCCUCUGCCUCUGCUCCGGAAUUGUACCCGAAGCUGGUGGAUCUGUACCCAGUCUCCCCUCCCUUGCACACUGCCAAAGAUCGUUCCACGGCCUACGUGUGGCGCAAUCGACUUCUUCCGACCAUUUACGCUGAACCGGUUCCCGUACUCACUGUGACUUCUGUCAACAGGGACGUAAUUCGGGACGAGGCGCCUGACGAGGUCUACCUUGGUGCCGGAUUCGCGGACUCAGGUCAUGAUGAGAACAUUUUCGACGAUUUCCGGGAUUGGUGGGUCAGGAAGUAUCCUGCGGAAAGAGUCUUCGGCGAGGACGAAGCGCAGUGCGACGCGGCAUUCCAGGAGAUGUGGCGCUCCAGCGCGACGGCAGCCCUCAUUGCAUUGGACGAUGCGGAGCUCGGGCGGACCGUCGUCGUACAGCCCUGGGCCGUCACGCAAAUGACGCUCUCCGAAGACGUGGACUCGUCACCGUUGAUCAGAGUGAAAUCGUUCGGCUGCUCCACCCAAUUGCUGAACCCAGAGGAACAGACCAAGACCACCGAUCCGGAGAAGCAAUACCGUUUCAAAGUUCUACGCUGCCAUGAUCGCAAUGAGUAUUACUCAACAGAGGUUCCCACGGGCUGGGUCGAACCUGACGUCCCAGUCAAAGUCUUCGCAAAGAUCCCUCCGAUCUGGUUUGCUGUUGCUCCACUCAGGACCACGGAGGAUGCUGCUCCCCAAGAUACGGCUGAGGACGACGGCGAGGCGAACUCGCUGCAGAUCGCGGAGAUGUCGUUGGAAGAGUCUGAGGCUAAAGCUCAAAAUCUAUGCAAUCCAACUUGCCGAGGAACACAGCGUCCUCCUUCCCUGCUACGAACGAAACGAAGGCCGAACCCGCCGCUCAAGAAGGACGCUUGCCACCCGUAUCUGCAGCCUUGGUUCCGGGGAGGGACCGUCCCCGCUCGCCUACAUGUUCCUGUAUUACUAGAUCUAUCCGAGCUCAUCCCCCAGGAGGUAUCUCGAAAGGAGUUCAUAUCGUCAUGGUGUCUCAGCAUACAUGAUAAGAUUCCACCGGCCGACUCACGCACUAUGAGUUCCACAACCGCUUCCGAUGAGCAAUAUCCGUACGUUCUGCUUUCCGAUCGCCGGGUGAGAUACGAAUACGCGACCUACGUCGGACAGCUUCGCCGCCCACCCCCUCCCCCACCUGAGCCCGUGCCUGAAGAUCAUCGCCUACCUGACGCGUCGUGCAUUAUGGGGCCGCCGCCAGAUCCCCCCAAUUACGUUGCAAUCCCUGUCGAUGGAGCCCGGUGGUGUCGAAGGGUGCUUUUGGACGAGAAUGACCUCAGCGCCAAGCCCAAGAUGGAGCUCACGGUCGAACCCUACCUCAUGAGUUCGGAAUGGACGCCUGUAUUCCAGCGCGGGGAUGCACCUCUGGUCAAGCCCAGCAUCGAAUUGUCUUGGGCGGAGGACCUCAAGAAGACCUGGUGGAACUCUCUGAUGCCAGGAGAAGACAUCGAGGGGCUGGAUCGUGAGAUGAUUUGUGACGCACUGUGGAAGCGCAUGGUCCCCUCGGCGGAAGAAAGGAGCAUUUCUCUCAAUCGCAACUUGAGGAUUCGUGCUGUGGCUCGUCCUCCACUCACCACCACGACCCAAGAUGGGAGAGUCACGACUGUGGAACUCGGAUACAGCACUCAGCCCCUCGGAACCGAAGCGCCCAACACCCUGCCAGAGACGAUCCUUCACCAGAUCACCUUCAGAUCGGGUCCGGCCAACUCUACCACGGCCAAAACGUGGAGUGUCAAUCCGGCAGAGAUCACCCAGGCACUCACUGAACUCAUGGCUGACUUGACAUCGAGAGAGGCGGGAGGUUUGGCUAAGGACGGGUCAGCGAGAAGGAGCUUUAGGAGGAUCGACGAAGAAGGGAUUCUCGGCUCCUAA